UGUAUUUAUAAAGCAGUCUAAAAGUGCAUUAAUUACAAAAAUUAAAAAAAGGAAAACAAAUAUACAUAGCACAAAAAUAUAAAAAUAUUUGAGAAGUGAAAGUGUGGAGUACAGAAGAUUUAGCUCAUCAUCUGGAGCGAAAUGGCAGCAUAUCAAAUGAAUUUCAAUCAGGAUUUUACCUCCCUCUCCGUACUGAGCGCAAGCGGGUUGCGUCUGUUCUCGAUUGCCGGACAAGAUAAAGUGGAGGAGAUCUUUGCCAAGGACAAUACGGAGCAAAUACGGAUUGUGGAGCGCCUCUUCAAUAGCUCGCUGGUGGUGCUGGUCACUGCCCAGAAGCCGAACUGCCUGAAGAUGCUGCACUUCAAGAAAAAGCAGGACAUCUGCAAUUGCUUCUAUCCGUCGGAGAUUCUGUGCGUGCGCAUGAAUCGGCAGCGUUUGAUCGUCUGCCUGGCCGAGAGCAUUCACAUACACGACAUACGCGACAUGAAGAUCCUGCAUUCCAUCGAGAAUAUAGCGCCCAAUGAGCUGGGCCUGUGUGCGCUCUCUCUAAACUCACAUCUGGCCUUUCCCAUUAGCCAGACCAGCGGCGAGCUACGCAUCUUCAAUGCGAACAAAUUGCGGACCGGCAUGACAAUCAAGGCGCACGAUACGCCCCUCUCUGCGUUGAACUUCUCGCCCAGCGGCUCUCUGCUGGCCACCGCUUCGGAGCGCGGCACUGUGAUACGUGUGUUCUGUGUGAAAAAUGGGCAGCGAGUCCAGGAAUUUCGUCGGGGCGUGAAGCGUUGUGUGCGGAUCGCUUCUCUGGUAUUUGCCGCUGGCGGCGACUUCUUGUGCGCUUCCUCGAACACAGAGACAGUGCAUGUGUUCAAGAUCGAUACGCGCGCCGUCGAAACGGCUGAACUGAAGGCUAUUGCGGAAGUGGCCGCCAAGUCGGAGAGCAAUGCUAAAGAAGCUAACGCUGAUACUAAAACCGUUCCUACAACAGCUGAGGAGGCUUCAAGCUCCCCACCUUCGUCUUCCGGAAGCUGGGGUGGCAUGCUGUCCAAGGCCGUCUCCUCGUUGCUGCUGCCCUCGCAGGUGAGCGACGUUCUGGCCCAGGAUCGAGCUUUUGCAACCGUAGUGUUGGCACAGCCGGGUCUCAAACACAUUUGCGCCUUGACGCGUCUCCAAAAGGAGCUUCGGCUGCUCAUUGCCUGUGAAGAUGGCUUCCUCUACAUACACGAAUUUAAUGCUGAACGAGGUGGGGUCUGCAAACAGCUGGCUGUGCACGAUUUGCGUGGAGCUCUGGAGGGCGUCAUCGAACUGCAAUUAAGCGAGAGCGUUCUGAAGACGUCCAAGCCGGGGGCGCCGACAGGGGCGCUGCCACAACAAUCCAUGACAUUGCUGAAGAGCUGCGCGGCCAGUGUGCUCAUUGAAAAUCCCGAGCCAGUGCCGGACAAUAGCUAUGCGGGUAUACUUAAGGGAGAGCAGGCGGAUGCCAUGUCUGAUUCCGCCAAAUUUCGUAAGCUGUGCGAUGCCAUUGACACGCCGACGAAACUCUACGAUGAGCGACAAUUUCCGCCUGUUGCUAUCGCUGCCCAGGAUUGACCCAGGCGUCCGAAGGACAUUGUCUUUGUCGAUAAGUCGCAGAUUGAAAAUCUAUAAUUAAAUUUAUUUUAAUUACGCUUGCUCUCUCCAUAUGGGAAAACACAAAAAAAGAUUAAAAGUUCAAAACACACCCAAAAAAAUUGUAAUUUUUAAAUUAAUAUUUUAGUUUUUUAACCAAAAUACUCGACAUAUUCGUGCAACAAAUAUUUAAAAGGAAGUAUUUUUAUUUAUUAGUAAUAAUUUAACAGUUUAGUAAGAACUAUGAAAACCAUUUGUAAAUAUUUGUAAUUAAUUAUCAAAAUUAUUGUUACUACUUUGUGUUUGACUUGUCAUUCCGCUGCACUUUCCGCUCUCACCUCAGCUCCGAUUUAUUUGUAUAUGUAGGCUAUAUACCUAUAAAACUCUGCAAAUCCGAUUUCAACUAGCAUUGAAAUGUUCUCUAUUUUUGUAUGAAAUUAUAUAUUAUAGAUUAAAUAUAUGUGUAUGAUACUUAGAAUAUAUUCAAGAGAAGCUCAAAAACCCCAAAAAAGGAGAAGAAAGUAAAGAAGGAGGAGCAGCACUUAAAAUGUACCUUAAAAAGAGCAACAAAAAUGCGAAUUCAAUUAGCUUUGCGAAAAUCGAAGCAAGCAAUGAUAAAUCUAAAAAAUAUAUAUAUACUAUACAUUAAAAUAUUUAAGAAAUGUGGGAUGCUCACAGCAAUAAAUAAGUAUUAACUGCAGAGAAAGAAAGAGAGAAAGCAAAGGAAGUAAAGUAAAAUAUAUACAAUAAGGCAUUUAAACAACAAUUGUAUUCCCAAUAACUAUGUACGCCCACAACAUUGUAACUGAAAGAAAAAGCCAAUGGAAAAAAAAACAAAAAAUAAAAAACGAAAAAAGCGAAAACGCGAAAAACUAA